AUGAUUAAUUGUAUUAUAUACUUUUACCUAGCUGUUUACAUCUACGGUGCAUCAUACUCAUCUCAAUUUUCUUCCAAAAGUUCUUCAAUAUACUCAAGUUCGACACAUUGGGCCAACUCAUCUUCCACAAGAUCUAGCACUUUUUCCCGACGAGAACGUACUACAGUCACCAAAACCACCAUCAUAUAUGUUCCAAUCACAGAAACUAAAACUGUUACUGAAACCACUACAUUAAAUAUUUGCAAUCAAAAUGGUCCAGGUGUUGCAGGUAUUGAUGCUACUGGCCAUGAAUCUAACAUUCUUGGAAAUAACGCUGAAAGCAGUAUCCAUGUGUCGGGACAAAGUGGAUCCACUACAAGGAUUUUCUCCCAAGGUGAUCAAAACGGACAAUCAGGAUUUCUAAUGGUGGUUCCCACUAUAGGAACUCCAGAAACUCAUCCAAGUACCUCUGUUACUAUUGGCGUUGAAAAUGACAAAGUGUCUUCUGUACCUACUAUCAGUAUAAUUGACAACAGUGCUCCAAACGUAUCAGGUGCAACUAGACCCUCUCCUGAAAAUGCACAAAUUAUCUCACCCAUCCAAACUAUCCAGGGAGUCUCCACUAGUGUAGCCAAUGUUGUUCUUGAGGGUAUUAUUUCCUCUACUACUACUGCUACUGCUGCUGCUGCUACUACUGCAUCCAGUCAAUAUGAAAAUAAUUGGGGGGUACCAAGUAUCAGCUAUGGUCAAAAUAAUCCAGCAAAUCCAUUUUUUAAUUUACCUGGUGAUCAAAUAACUUCAACUUCGGCACAGACUUCUUCGGACAUUACUUUAAACAUUAGUGGUGGUCAAAGUAGGUUUACUACCACUACUCUAGUUACUAAAAGUAGUCAAAAUGACACGUCUACUACAGCCAACAAUAAAAGUUCGGAAAGCUUUGUUACUUCUAAUAUUAGCAAGAGUCGCAAAACUAUUCAUAAUGAGAACUCAACCACUAGUAGACAAAUCAAAGUUUCUGCUACCGAUUCCAGUCAAGGAAAUCAUGGAAAUUCUAACUCAAUCACAAGUAACAGUUAUCGAGAUACUUCCUUUAGCACCAAUAGUCAAAAUAUUAUGAGCGUUUCAAGUAACAGUCAAAAUAGCCAAGUCACGAUUAGUACUCGUGACUGUACACUUAUUAAUCAAAGUGGGACAGUUCUCCCUACUAGUAGUGAUAUUAUGGAGCAAACAGGACAAGAUAAUGGUGGGAUGGCUAGUACAUUCGGCUUUGGUGGAAGUGAUACCUACUCAAUUAUCACUAGUGCUAAUGAUGAUGGUACUUAUGGAACAACUAGUUCUAUUCAACCUAGUUCUUCAGAUAUUAGCACAGCUGAACAAGGUGAAAAUAGUGAUAUUUUUGUUACUGCUAGUACAUCUAAUGACAGUCAAGAAACUGGGAGUCCUACUGCUACAAUAAGCAGUGAAGAAGGUGAUGGUAGACAAUCUAGUACUAUUAUUUCUACAAGUGAAGGUGGAACUAGUGGUCAGAGUGAAAAUGGAACGUCACUUUCCACUGACAAUGAUGGAGAGGACAGAACCGAUCAGCAAGCAACUACUAGCGUUUCCACUACUGCUGGAGGUGAAAGUGGAACUGGUGGCCAAGGUGAAAAUGAUAAAACUAUAACUACUAGUAUUACUGGUGAUGGAUCAGGUGGUACUGGUGAAAGAGUAUCUACUAUUGGAGAAGGUGGUGGUAUUGAAACUACAGCAGGGGGAGAAGGUGGAAAUGGAAGCGGAUUUAUCAGUACUACAGCAGGAGGUGAAGGUGGGAAUGGUGGAAACUUUGAUACUACUACAGCAGGAGGCGAAGGUGGAAAUGGUGGAAAUGGAGGUAUCGGCGGUGCAGGAGGAGAAGGUGGAAAUGGAGGUGGUUUUGUUAGCACUACAGCAGGAGGUGAAGGUGGAAAUGGUGGAAAUGGAGGUAUCGGUGGUGCAGGAGGGACUGGAGGACAAGCUACAACUACUGUUACUACUACAAUUGGGGGCGAAGGUGGAAACGGUGGAAACGGUGGAAACGGGGGUAUUGGGGGAGAAGGAGGAACUGGAGGUUCUGGUGGAAACGCUGGUGUAUUCUAGCAACGAAGAUAUAAGAUGAAAGAAAGAAAAUAUCUAUUAGCCUUGGUGAUAUUAAUCAAGAAUGAAAGAGAGAAUGAGUUUGUUUGGAAAAGUGGCCAAUCUUGCUGCAUAAAUUCAUGUUUAUUUGCAGCUACUCUGUUCAUUUUUUGCAGUUGCAACACAUGGAUUUUCUCGAAACUAACACUUCUAUUAGAUCGAAUUUCUUCUUGAUAAACAUGUAUAGCUCACAUGUUUAGAUUUAAUAUAACAAGGAU